AUGAAAACAGGAAUUAGCCUAGCCCACAACGGUUUGACAAAUUUUUUCAACGAAAUGAAAUACGAGAUAAACUCUACCGAAGUACAACGGGUGAAAAAACCCGGAAUAACUAGCUCAAUGAAAGGCUUUUGUUCGUAUACACCUGCUGACGCUAAUAUCUUGCAAAACGCUGCCUGGGAUAUCACUAAUAAAAAUGCUAAUUUCAUUAAAGAUGGUUCGUUCAGUGGUUGUAUACCGUUAAAGCAUGUUUUCGGUUUUUGUGAGGACUACAAGCGGAUACUGGUGAAUUGCAGUCAGCAGCUCAUAUUGAAUAGAUCGAUGUCGGAUCUGAGUUCACUGCAUUUCACUAGCGUGGCGGGGAAGGACUUGACGACCGAGCCGGUUAAGACUAUGGUGAAAAAAGUCAAAAUACAGCUGACACGAGUAUUGUGGAAAAUACCUGUUAUCAAAGUCGAUGACCGAGAGAGAUUGAAACUGCUUAAAAUCAUCGAUAGUAAAAAAAUGAUAAAUUGUGCUUUUAGAAAUUGGGAGCUUUGCGAGUAUCCCAAUUUACCUCAGGCCAGCAAGCACAGUUGGAUGGUAAAGACAUGCUCUCAGGUAGAGAGACCUAGAUGCUUAAUAAUCGYUUUUCUCRCGAACGCASCCGGGACCGUGUCAGACGGUUAUAACGUCGAUUAUGACGCGUGCUCGCUGACAAACGUUAAAGCAUAUAUUAAUUCUGUMGAAURMMSAUAUGAAGAUUUCAACGAAAGCUUCGACAAAAAUCKAUUCACCAUGUUCUAUCAGAAUUAUGUUGAUUUCCAGAAACAUUAUUAUGAACGAUUUAGCGCUCAGCCGUGCUUGUCGAGGGAAACAUAUAAAGAGGUGGGUCCAUUUAUAUGUAUAGAUUGUUCGCGACAAAACGAUGACGCUAAGACUUCAAGUAUUGAUUUACGUAUCGAGAUAGAGGCAGCUAAUAAUUUCCCAGCCAAUACAGCCGCAUACUGCCUAGUCAUACACGACCGUAUUAUUCAAUAUAAUCCGUUUACGGGCGAAGUGAGGAAAAUAUAA